CGCCCGGCCUCUGCGCUUCUCGGAGCCCCGGUAGCGCGGCGGCCCUUAGGCACCGGGUUCGGUCUGCAGCACCCGGCUGCGAGGCCUGGCUGGCCGUUCCGUUUUUUUUUUGUUUUUUGUUUUUUUUUUGGAACCUUGGGCACAUUGCUGUCAGUUCCUCGUUUGUAAAAAUGGGCUUGAUAAUAUCUGCCUGCGGGUGGAAUAAAUGUCGGUGUGCCUGACUGCGGGGCUGUGUCUGCGCCUGGCGGUUAGCAGGGCUCGGGUAGUUGUGGGAACAGUCGGCUAUCAUCACUGCCUGAAUUUUGACAGCAACCAGGUACACUGGCCAAGCUCUGCCCUCUGGCCGGACAGGCAAACCUCUGCUCCAGUAAGAGCCUCCCUGGGCGGAGCUGACUGCUUUCAGAAUGGACUGCCAAGUGGAGGGGAAUUCAAGCGUGACUCCCAUGCAGGACAAACAGACCUAAAGUUCCCCGUCGGAUGAGAGUGGGGUUCCCCGUCCUGAAUUAGAAAAGCAAGUCAUUAAGCCUGGGCCCUGACUCGUCUUCCUUCAUGAGAGAAAAGAGAGAUGGAAACCUUCAAAUCUGGGGAUAAAAAGAGGGUCCUUCCCACAUGGAUGACAGCCCAGGUGGCCGAGAAGAGAAAGGUGCCCGUGAAGACCCCGAAAGCGAGGACAUCGGCAGCAAUGCCAAGGGCUGCCGCCGCAAGACUUCCUGCCACGAGGACUGUGUACUGCAUGAGUGAGGCCGAAAUGGUGGAUGUCGCCCUGGGGAUACUGAUUGAGGCCCGGAAACAGGAACAGCCCUUGGAGCCACUGACCCCGGCUGGCGCUGAUAAGCCAGAGCUGUCCCGGGCCCAUUCCGCUUUGUCACCGUCACCGAGCUCUCCUGGGAGGAGAAGUGAGGACGAGGACAAUGAGAAAGACGCCCUUCCUCCAGGCCACAGCCCUCAGGGGCCCGCGGGGUCUGACUCUGCCCGAAGCAGAAGCCCCGAGGAGGACGAGGACAUGUUAAAAUACGUCAGGGAAAUAUUUUUCAGCUGAACGGACAGGCUUCCCAGGACUUUCUACCCAGAGCGCUGGAGGAAGCCGGCCUCCCCUCCGCCCGGGGCCUGCCAGCCGCUCCCGCUCCUCCCCUCGUCCGCUCCUCCCUGGCAGGCAGUCACCCCCUUGGGGAGCUGCCCUGUUGAGUGUGUGCAAGUGAGGAGUCCAAAUGCGCUUCUGUCAGAAUUUCUCCCUGCGCCUUGCCUUCUCCACUCGGAGGCCGUGGUUUUAUUGGCCUUCCAGGUCCAGGGAAGGUGGGGACAUGGUGGCCAGACUUAGUGAACCGAAGAGCCAACUUAAUAAUUUUCAGCGAAAAAGAGGCAUUGCCGCUAAGUGCACUGGAAUCCCCACCGUCUGGUCCCCCUGAUCUCUCCCUAAGGAGGACGGCUGUUCUGAACACAGUUCCCGUCACUCGCGCAGCCCCCCCCCCCCCAGGCAGGUGCCCCGCCCACAGUGCUCUGCUCUGUGUGGGAUCUUGAAACUCCGUGUGCAGAUCGGAAGCCCCCCUCCCCCAGGCGGCCACCAUCCUGCCACUUGGCGGCUCAGCCUCAGUCCCUGGGCAGUUGUAAAGCGCCAGUGGGACGGGAGCCCUGCGAAGACCCUAAAGGCAAGAUCACACCGGAGUCCGUGUUUCUGACUCUAUUCAGUGUGGUUUUUGACAGGCACAGAAUAAGGCAGUCAUUUGCUGUAUAGGUUUUCCAAUAUAUAGGUGCUGAAAAAUACAAACAGUUCCCCAGUGUG